AUGAACCGAGGUAAAUGUCAAGUGACCCUGAACAUGAGUGAGAAUUAAAAUUGGACAGCGAGUUUCGAAACUUCAAGAAAUAUUACUUUUUAAGUUACAUCUCUUCCUAAUAAGUAUUGUUACGUUACCAUAGAGCUAUAAGAUAGGGAUCCUAAUUUUUAAUUAGUUGCAGACUAUUAAUUUAAACCUAAUCCUGGGUUAUUAUCAACAUAUAAACAAGGGGAAAAAAUUGAUAGAAUAAGUUAAUUGGAAAAUAGGAGAACUAGAUUUCUAAAGUUGAAAAGAAACAGAGGAAUUAUCUAUAUUUCCUGUCUCACUAAUAAACAGAAUAAUUCAUUUAAAAUAAAAAUCACUGCCAAAGAUUAAGAGCAAUGUGACAACGAAUGUAGUUUAAAUGGGUUUUGCUAGGUAAUACUAUUGUAAUAAAAGAGUGAAGGAUGUGUUUGUUUGAAUUCGUUUAUUGGGAAUGAUUGCCAUCAAUUAUCUGAGAAGAUAGUUUCAAGAUCAAUAAAAGAUGUGGAAUUUUUUAAUACUGAAACAAUAAAGUACUUCUCAAUCGAUCUCUAUGAUUCAUUAGGAAAAGAUUUGAGGCUGGAAUUUGAAUCUGAAUGUGAGGAUUGGCUGGCUAUUAUAAUUUAUAAAACUAAAGCUCUUAUUAAUCCGAAGGAUAGUAACAAUAGCAAAUAUAGUUAAAUAUUCAAUAUCACGGGAGGACAUGGAACAAUUUUAACAUAAAUUCCCAUUAAUUUGCCAGAAUCAUAAAGAUUUCUAUUGUUUGCUGUUUUCAAAUCGAAGUCUUAUUAAGAUACGAAUCAUUUAUAAAUUGGAUUUAAUUACCACUCUUAUUCCCCUGAUGAAGACGGUUAAGAUAGUGCUUUUUUAGCCUCCAUUAUUAUCCCAUGUAUUCUUGGGCCAAUAUUGCUGUUUAUCUUGAUAAAAAUGGGUUUGAAACGGUAUAGUAAUCCAGGGAAUUUAAUUUUUCCAUUCCAAAAUCAUAAUUUUGACAGACCUGAUAAUACUCAGGAACAUAGAUAUGAGAUGCCUACUGAAUAUUUUCGUGAGAACCGCAAUUCUUAACCAAGCAGAAUUUAAUAGAAUCAUUAAAACGAUAGAACUAAUACUUCUUUGAAUAUAGAAGCUUAAAUUAACAACCGCAAUUCCCAGCAAAAUAGAAAUAACAUUUCUUACAAUCUUGAUUCGAGACCUCCUAGAAAUAACUACUCUUACAAUCUGAUUUUCGCUGGAAAUUAACUUCUGUCACACAGAUAUUAAUAAAGCAUAUAUUAAAAUAAUAAUUCUAAUCGAUAUAGAAAUCAAAUUCUAACAGUGUCCUAAGAAAAUUAGUUCCUAAAUAUUCCCUCACCUGCGCCAAGAAGACCUCCGUAAAGAAUUAAUUAAAUUGAUGAAUGUAGCAUUUGUUUGUCAGAUCUUACAAAUCAUAAUGUGGUGAAAACUACUUGCGGGUAUAAAAAUUAUUAACGUAGUCAUAAAUUCCAUCGAGACUGCAUUCAAUAAUGGUUUGCACAAUAAAGAAAUUGUCCUAAUUGCAGAAGACCGACAAGUUUACAACAAGAUAAUUGA